AGGUUCCAUCAUGUUUGUUAGUUCAGAUGCAUCGUUUUGGAAAAGGUUUGAAAAUUCUACCAUCAUUGACGAUCAACAUCGGAGAAUUAGUUGACAAUUGUAAGUCGACUUUCCUUUCCGUGGGGGGGGGGGGGGCUUCGCUUCACCCUCCUCCCUAUUUUUGUGAAAGGCUUUUACCCAAACGCCAAACCCCUGCCGAAGCUCACCGAGUGGUGCCACUUGCAGCCCACCAGAAGUUUCUCUUCCUCUCCUCUUAAUUAAAUGAAAACCGCCCUUGCUUUCCUCUGUCCUUCUUCUUACACACCUCGACCUGCAAACAAUGCUUCCUGUUCUUUGGGCAAACAAGAUUAUAACCUCCCAUCUUUAGGUUUAUCAUUAACUCAGGGUUCGUACACCUUACAGUAUUCCAUUUAAAAUUCCAUGACAUUUCCAAGAAUAUCCAUCACCACUUUUCAAUAAUCCAUGAUCUGGAAUUCUAAAAUUUUGGUAAAUAAAGGCCAAAUAUACGUGGUUAUGUACAGAAACUACCAUUCACGUUUUUCUCGCGAAAAUACUUCCUGUAAUUCAUAUUUCUUGUUACUAGUAAAUUCUAUGACUUAAGGCCCGUUUCCAUUCAGGAAAAUUUUCCGCAGAAAGAAAAUCUUGUAAAAUGUGAUUGACUGACACAAAUUUUCCGUGGGAAAAAAAUUUUGAAGUUGAAAAUUUUUAACUUUUAAUUAACAGUGAUAUUUUUGGAAUUUUCUGUCCGUGAAAUUUUUCUUGAGUGGAAAUGAGCCUUUACACUGAUUUUCAGAAUUUCCAGGCCUGUAUGUUGAAAUACUCCAUGACUUUCCAGGUUUUCAUAGGCUUGGUUCCAGCCGGUAGGUCGGUCCUAGGUUUUCCAUGACUCGUACAAACCCUGUUAACUCUCUGACCGAAUGGACUUCAAGACCAACAGAAUUCUAACACUCGAAGGCCGCCAUCAUGACCGUGGUGCAUUGCAGAUUACAGUUUGUUAAACUCUCUUUUUACUUUCUAGCUCCACAAGAUUGUGCAGUAUGUGGUCGACUCGCGCGGUACUAUUGUAGAGAAUGUUUUGCUGUCACUGGAACUGAUAUUGACAGCUCGGGAAAUAUUUGCAAAGAAUGUAACGAACGCGUUCACUCUGAUUACAAGCGUAACAAGCACAAGAAACACCCUAUAAACGUGUCCCACGAGAUUUGCACGAGUUAUGCUAAUAAGCCUGUAGAACAUCGUGAAAUGGAACUGUUUGCUGUGAUCUGUAUUGAGACCAGUCAUUAUGUCACAUUUGCCAAGUGUGAGGAACCUGAUGGUGUUGUGAAGUGGUGUUUCUUUGACAGUAUGGCAGACAGAGUAGGUACGGAUGAUGCAUGACCAUGGGGGGAGGGGGGGAGAAAACUGGUGAUGUGAAGUGGGGGGGGGCGGGGGGUAGACCAUCGUUCAAGGUUAGUAAAUAGUAAAAGAGUAGUAAAAGAGACAUUUCACGAGACAUUUAAUGUGUUCGGCAGGUACAAAGGAUGGCUACAAUGUUCCAUCAGUGAAGGAAUGCCCUGAAAUCAUCGAGUGGUUAUCAUCGGAGAAACAGAACCGUGAACGAAUUAUCAACACCGACGACAAAGAGAUGCCUGAUAGAGUACGCAGGAUUUUAGGAGAUGCUUAUGUGUGUUUGUAUGAGAGCAAAGAAAUGGCCAUGUACAAAUGAUUUCAUUAGAAUGAUUUAAUAUAUUAUGUCGGGUAUAAAAACUAUGCACAUAAAACUGUUAUAUAAAAAUGUUGUGCACUUGUGCAGUAUUAAUGGACUUAGAAAACUGGUUAAUCUACUUGUAGUAAAGCUUUUAAUGCACUAAGUUUGUAUACAGUAUAUUGGAUAAAACUGAAGUGGCUGUAAAAGGCCACGUUUAAUUAAAUUUACCAAUAACCUAUUGCUAUAAAAAUUAUGUACACAAGUGUGCCGUACGGUGGAUGCCAAUAUACGAGCUAUUUCAAUAGGUUUCCAAAACUGACAUUUUAACAAAACAACAUUCAUUGAACUUCAGCAUGCUUCCGUUUACAAUACACAGUACCAUGUGAUUCCAUCUCGGAAAGGUAUUACAUUAAACUGUUGCCAUGAAGUUUUACAAUAUUUAAUCAUUGUUUUACGAUCAUAUUUAAAAGUUACUUCGCUGUCAUGGCGCGUUAUCAGUUAGUCAUUAUUCUGUGCUUUUAAAAAGACCAUACUUGGCCUGGGAAAACGUCAAUUGCUCAAUAGCAUUGUUCUUAAAAAAAAACUGGCGCAAAUCACGAGGUCUUAUGAACUAAUAUUCAGCGCUUGCAAGUGACGUCACAAAAUAUGACGUAAUCGUUUGACUUCGGCAUUUUGUGGUGGCAAAUUUUUAAAGCUAAAUAAAAACAUACACGGCAUCAAGCAGCCGUCUCGCAGGUUCAUUCGGUAGAGAUCCAUCCCCUUCGUUUAACAUGCUUAAUACGAAUUCAGAAAGGCUGUUUUAUCCGGACCUGGCUUCCUUUCUUGUCCAUAGUUGCUACCCAAAAUUAGCGUGACGUAAUACUCCCGCGUGACGUACUACUCUCGCGUGACGUAAUACUCCCGCGUGACUGCAAGAUCUGAAUACCUCGUUUAAUUAAAUUAUAAAUAGCUUAUCUGGUUAUCCUUUUGUUAAUCUUGCCAGGUUGCAUAAUGUUCUGUACAUCAUAAGUUUUUGUCUAGUCAUCGUCAUCUGAAUCAUCCAGCCUUCUUCUGUUAAACUAAA